AUGGUUGUUCGGGACCCUACUCGCAUUAGCAGUAGUUCCGCAUCACUUAUAGACCUGAUUAUAACUGAUUCACCCAGAAUGUGCAAGAGUGUUAGUGUUCAUCAUAAUCCGGUUCUCAGUGAUCAUGCAAUGGUAAUAUUGGAGUUCAAUAUAGAAAAGUUUAGGGAACCUCCGAGAUAUAUAUCUAAACGGUCGUUGCAUAAAAUUGAUCAAGAAAAAUUUUGUACCGAUCUCAAACAUAUCUCAUGGAAUGACAUUAUGGCGUUGUCGGAUGUUGACGAUCAAAUUCAGCGCUUUAAUGAGAUGUUGUUGAACCUAUUCAAUAAACAUGCGCCUUUAAUACGCUAUAAAAUAUACACACGUCCAACACCUUGGAUAACUCAAAAUGUAAAAUUGAUGAUGACUAUUCGUGAUAAAGCACUGGACAGAGCUCGGAAAUCCAAUAAUGACGCCCACCUAGAUUAUUAUAGGAAUUUAAGGAACUAUGUAACAGGAGCUAUAGAGAGAGAAAAAACAGCUUUUUUUAACUUCUAUGUAAAUAAUAAUAAAGACAAGCCUAAACAGAUGUGGAAUCAGUUGAAGAGUAUAUGCCCGCUUAGUAGCAGCGACACACUAAUGACGGUACCUCAUCACCUUUGUGACCCAAACAAAAUUAACAACUUUUUUCUGGACGUGCCUGGUAAGGAUAUCCUUACCAGGCACGUCCAGAAAAAAGUUGUGUGUUGUUGUGUAGUGUGUUGA